UUUUCUCUUCUAUUCAUAACCAAACCUAUGAGCCUAUAAAGCCUCUCCAAUUUUACCAAUCACACUUUCUUGUUCCAAGAAAUUUGGACAAUGGAGUAACACUUCCAUUACACACUUAAAUACUCACCAGUCUUCCCCAAGAACACAUCAAUGGCUGCUCUGUGUAGAAUCAGAAGACCCCAUUUGCUUUUCUCCAAUUCACUCAAACGACUCCUCAACAUAUGGACUCACCACAACAUUCUGGUUCAAACCCCUUUUACAAAACACAAUCUUUCUCCAUUUUCUUCAACACCCACUUCCCAAAAACCCAUAAAUUCUCCUCCCCCAAUCUCUAUAGACGAUUCAAUUAUCGUUGAUAGACUUGUUCACAUAUUCACUAAGCCUCUUGAUUCAUCAAAAAGCCAAGAACUUGAUGAGUUGGGUUCAAAGAUUACUACUUGUAUUGUUGAAUUUGUUCUUAGAAAGCUUAGAAGUUGGAGAAUAGCUCAUUUGUUUUUUAAUUGGGCUUCGAAUUUAAAAGAGUAUCGUCAUAAUUGUCAUACUUUUAACUUGAUGGCAGAGUGCUUAUCAGGUGCUCGACAGAUUGACUCAAUGAGAGUGUUGGUUAAUGAUGUAGUUAAGUUUCAGUGUUAUUUUACGCCUCGUGGUUUGGGUUUCUUUAUAAGGUGUUUGGGUAAUCAAGGGUUGGUUACGGAGGCUAAUGAAUUGUUUGAUCAGAUGAAAAAAUCGGGUCUUUGUGUUCCGAAUUGUUUUACUUAUAAUUGUUUGUUAGAUGCUAUAUCUAAGGGUGGUGAUGUUGGUUUAAUUGAGUUGAGAUUGAAGGAGAUGUGUAGCUAUGGGUGGGAGCUUGAUAAGUAUGCUUACACGCCAGUUUUGCAGUGUUACUGUAAUGCGGGGAAUUUUGAAAAUGCGUUGGUUGUUUUUAAUGAGAUGCACGAAAAGGGAUUGGUCGAUGCACAUGUUUUGUCGAUCUUGUUAGUUUCUUUUAGUAAGUGGGGUAAGGUGGAUAAGGCGUUUGAGUUGGUUGAGAGGAUAGAAGAGCUUAACAUUAGCUUAAAUGAGAAGACAUGUUUUGUUUUGAUUCAUGGUUUUGUGAGGGAAGGUAAAACAGAUAAAGCGUUGCAACUGUUGGAUAAAAUGAAGAAAUUGAGUUUUGUGCUGGACAUUUCUGUUUAUGGUGUUCUAAUAGAAGAGUUGUCUAGGAAUAAGGAGAUUGAGAAAGCUAUGCAGCUGUACGAGGAUAUGAAUGUUUCAGGAGUGCAUCCUGAUAUUAAAAUACUUAGUGAUCUUAUGUCUUGUGUGCGUGAUGAAAGAGACAUGAUCCGGAUAGUUGAGGGGGGGUAUGAGAGUCUGGAUCUGAAAGCUAGGAUGUUGUUGUAUAAUUCUGUGCUGAAAGGACUUAUUAACAAUGGUUCAACUGAUAAAGCAUAUCAUCUACUUUCUGCAUCAACGGGUCUUGACUCUAGUGGUGAUUUUAAUGAGGACAAUCUUUUCCCCAUGAAGGAACUUGCUUGUCCUGAUACCAUUUCUUUUGAAAUAGUUAUUGAUGGUUUGUGUCGUGUGGAUAGGUUGGAAAUUGCUCUCAGCCUGUUUAGAGAUAUGGACCAUAUUGGUUGUAAACGCAGUGUGCUACUUUACAAUAAUUUAAUUGAUUCCUUGAGUAGGGCCAGCAGACUCAAUGAGUGUUACGAGCUUUUGGAUGAGAUGAAACAGUCAGAAUUUCAGCCGACACAUUACACAUACAACUCAAUUUUUGGAUGCUUAUGUAGGCAAGGGGAUGAUGCAGGCGCCCUUGCUAUGGUGAGGGAGAUGCGUGUGCAUGGCCAUCAACCUUGGAUAAAAUAUUACACACUGCUCAUGAAGAAACUCUGCAAAGAUGGGCAAGUAGUCAAAGCUUCUAACUUUCUUGCUGACAUGGUUCAAGAAGGAUUUCUCCCUGAUGUAGUUGGUUAUUCGGCAGUCAUAGACGGCCUUGUUAAGAUUAAACAGUUGGAUGAUGCACUGAAUCUUUUCAGAGGGAUCUGUGCUCGGGGUUAUUGCCCUGAUGUGGUUGCCUAUAACAUUAUGAUAAAUGGGCUUUGUAAGGCCAAAAGAGUAGUUGAAGCCCAGAAUCUUCUUGAUGAAAUGAAGGAUAAGGGGCUUAUUCCAUCAGUUGUUACCUACAACUCACUGAUAGAUGGGUGGUGCAAAACUGGUGAUGUAGAUCGAGCAAUUGCAUUUCUCACUAGGAUGAAUGUAAAAGAACGGGAGCCCAAUGUUAUCACUUACACCACUUUAAUAGAUGGGUUAUGCAAUGCCGGCAAACCAAGUGAUGCUAUUAAUCUUUUGGUCAAUAUGGAGGCAAAUGGGUGCUCUCCAAAUAGAAUAACUUUUAUGGCUCUCAUUAGUGGUCUGUGCAAGUGUCGGAAGCCAGAUGAUGCUCUGAUUUAUCUGCAGGAAAUGGAGAGGAAGGAUAUGAAACCCGAUCCAUCGAUCUACAUAGUGCUAAUUGAUGCUUUUAUAAAAAAUAUGAAUCCUAAUGAAGCUUGUGACCUACUACAAAAGGUGGUCCAUGACGAGUCUCUUCUAGAUUUAAAUAUUAAGAGUCGACCUAUUCUCAAAGAGGCAAUACGUUCCCUAUCAGCAGAUCCAAGGACUUCCUCACAUGUAAAAAUCCUGCUGGAGGAGGGUCACCUUACAGCACUCUGUAAUGUCUGUGAAAUUGGAUGAGAUCAUUAGAUAUAUUAGACGUCUUGACCUCAUUGUCAUAUAUAGUUGCAUAGGAUUAACAACGAAAGUCAGGAAUUGAAGAGCAUCUAGUGUUGAGCUCUAUGCUUUGCUGGUUUUGGUGGACUGGCUAGUUUCUACUCAUUGUUUAAUCGUCAAUGAGAAGUUCUACACCCUACAUUUGAUAUAAUGGCAACACACUGAGGGGUUUGGUUGAAAAGCUUGAGGGACUUUAUUUGUUGAGGAGAAUCGAUGUGUGAACUCUAGUAAGUAGCAAAGAAGUGUGGUGGCUGUAUGAUGGACCAGUCACCAAGUCCGUUAAGGCGUCAGCGCAUCUCAGGUAUAACUCGAGAAGGUAUUCUACGACAUCUGCAACGCUUCAGCGCCAAACAAGUUGAGUCGGCUAUAUGAAUCCUCACUGACCAUGUCACUCCUUAUAAGCUCAUCUCAGACUAAUAUUAUAUGAAAUAAAGAUGUGUGGCAGCAUAAUUAGAUACACUUCAGUGUUGAGCUUUAUCAGGUUUCUCUUCCUUGCAAUUUUGAGGAAGCUUUUUUGUUGCAACUUCCAUUUGUUGGCUUUUGCAUUGUUAGAUGAAAUCGCCUCUACAGGUUGAUGAAUCACAACUACGAUGAACCCAUUUCUGACAAAAGAGGGGUCUCUUAUAAGAUCUAGAAGCUAUGCUUACAGCUUGUUUAGGAGGUGCAUGGUGAUUUGGGACAAGUUUUGAUUACUGGAGUCUCAUCUGUAGAGCUUCCUCUUAUCUGUUAUUGUCGUUUAGCUAUCCUGAUGAGAUCUUGUUGAUCUUCUUGUGUUGAUGGGCAAAUAUGUGUGGUAUCGUAUUUUUUUGGAGGAAUAAGAAAGGCUCUCUGACCUGCAGCUCCCAAUGAUAGUGUUUGAUGAAUUUCAGUCUUCUAUUGUACAUACUCAUUUCUGUAUUUGCUAAUGACUGAUACCUUGAUUUCUGGCAGAAUUGAAAAGUUCCAAUGAAUUCUUUGAAGAGAAAUCAUUUGGUUGUAGUCUUUUCCUGUUCCUUUUGUCUUCUCUUCAAGUGAAAAAACUGUUUUCCUACA